AUGAAAUCCGAAGCCAAGGAUGGAGAGGAGGAGAGUCUUCAAACUGCUUUCAAGAAAUUAAGAGUGGAUGCAUCAGGGUUCAUCGCAUCUCUGUCUGUUGGAGAAGGCCCAAGUGUCAGAGCAUCAGUCAGAACAGCAGCAGAUGAUACCAAAUCUAAAACCACAUGUGCAUCUAAAGACAGUUGGCAUGGCUCUACACGGAAAUCUUCACGAGGAGCAAUGAGAACCCAACGUCGUCGACGGUCUAAAUCUCCUGUCCUUCAUCCCCCAAAGUUUAUACAUUGCAGCACAAUAGCAUCUUCUUCCAGCAGCCAGCUCAAGCACAAAGGCCAGAUUGACUCUCCUGAUGGAAGCAGUGGGCUGGCAAUUUCAACCUCUAAAGACUUCAAUGCAGGAGAAUGCUCUACUUCUCUUGAUACUAAUCACACAGGGGCAGUUGUUGAGCCUUUGAGAACUUCGGUUCCAAGGCUGCCAUCAGAGAAUACGAAGGAAGACUCUUCUGAUGCUACUCAAGUCUCACAAGCAAGUCUCAAGGCCAAUGAUCUCGCUGACUUUCAAUCCGUUUCCAAGCUUAACCAGGGCCAGCCAUGUGCAUGCUUAGGCAAGGAGUGCCAGUGUAAGAGGUGGCAUGAUAUGGAGGUGUAUUCCUUUUCAGGCUUGCAGAAUGUCCCUCCCUUGGCCCCAGAACGAAGAUCUACGCUUGAGGACUACUCUCAGUCGCUUCACACCAGAACUCUGUCUGGCUCCCCGCGCUCCUGUUCUGAACAAGCUCGAGUCUAUGUGGAUGAUGUGACCAUUGAGGACCUAUCAGGCUACAUGGAAUAUUACUUGUAUAUUCCCAAGAAAAUGUCCCACAUGGCAGAAAUGAUGUACACCUGA